GAGGGGGCGGGGACUCCGCGCGGGGUCGAAGGGCGCCGGGAGAGAGGGGUCGCGGCUGGGACGAACGCCGAUGCUCUCGGCGGGCGCCAUGCGGUUGGUUCGAUUCCGGAUGAUCGGAGCUGUUGAGCCCCGUUUGGGGCUGGAAUUGGCGCCGGGAGGGGAUGUGGUGGAUCUGAAGGCGGCGGAGCCGUCGUUGCCUCAUUCCAUGCGUUCCUUCCUGGAGAGCGGCCAAAGCGGACUGAGCAUCGCCCGGAGGGCGCUGGAGGCCGGGCGGCACCGGGUGCCGCGGGAAGCGGUGCAGCUCCUGGCGCCCAUCGGAGACCCGGAGAAGGUGAUCUGCGUGGGGCUCAACUACCGCGACCACUGCGCCGAGCAGGGAGCCGCCGUUCCCGAAUAUCCCAUCAUCUUCAGCAAAUUCCCCAGCGCCAUCGCCGGACCCUUCGACGACAUCGUCCUUCCCGAGGAGAGCAACGAGGUGGACUGGGAGGUGGAAUUGGCGGCGGUCAUCGGGAAGAAGGGGCGGCGCAUCGCGGAGCCGUCGGCGCUGGAGCACAUCGGGGGCUUCACGGUGGCGAACGACGUGAGCGCGCGGGAUUGGCAGCGGCGGAACGGCCGCCAGUGGCUGCUCGGAAAAUCCUUCGACACCUUCUGUCCCAUCGGACCCGCCAUCGUCACCCCCACGGAGCUGCCCGACGUCCACAACCUGCGGAUCCGGUGCCGCGUUAACGGUCGGUUGAUGCAGGAGAGCAGCACGGAGCAGCUCAUCUUCCCGCUGCCCAGGAUCAUCUCCUGGGUAUCCCGGUUCGUCACCCUCGUGCCCGGGGACCUCGUGCUGACGGGAACGCCCGCGGGAGUGGGGUUCUUCAGGAAACCCCCCGUGUACCUCCAGGGAUUUUGGGGUGUCCGUGUCUCGCCAGGCGGGGGAUGAGGUGCAGUGUGAGAUCGAGGGCCUCGGCACCAUCUGCAACCGCGUGGUGUAAACCCCCCCCCCUUCUCCCGAUUUUCCCGGCUCGGAUCCCACUUUGGGAUCCCCCAAAUCCCAAUAAAUCCCCA